UCUGCUAGGACUGAAUAACUGUAAGGCCUAGGACAUAAGAUUUCUACAUUAGUGCAUCAAUGAGCUCUUGAUUCUUCGUGUCAGUAGUUUGGGCAAAAAUCUACAAGAACAAAAUAUUAGGCGGUUCUAUUGGUUCAAGACCUUCGAUCAAAUUACGUAUCUUUGUACUUUUUAUCAUCCAUAACCUUUGACAAUGGCAUCAACAUGGAUCCUUAGGACAUUUGGAGUGCUUGUGGUGAUGGCAUGCAGCGUAGAUGCUCAGCUUUCGACAAGAUUUUACAACACUAGGUGUCCAAACGUGACAGCCAGGGUAGGUGAAAUUAUCAGAGGACACAUCAGGAGGGACAGGACUAUGGCUCCGGCUCUACUCCGUCUACAUUUUCACGACUGCUUUGUCAGAGGUUGCGAUGCCUCGGUUUUACUGAACAAUCCUAGUGGAGGUCGAGGGGAAAAGGAGGCAACUGGCAACAAGUUUUCAAUCCGGGGAUUUGAAAUCAUAGAUGAUGUGAAGGCCAAAAUUGAGGCUAUGUGCCCAGGCGUGGUGUCUUGCGCGGACAUUCUUGCUCUUUCUGCCCGAGAUGCCAUGCGAGCUUUCGGAGGUAUCGAUUGGGCUGUACCUUUGGGUCGAAGAGAUGGAACAAUAACAUCAGCAGCUGAAGCUAACAGAGACUUACCGCCACCAUUUGCAAACUUCAACACCUUGUCAGCCAUAUUCCGCAGAAAGGGUCUUUCAGUGAAGGACAUGGUCAUUCUUUCAGGAGCUCAUACAGUUGGUCUAACACGCUGCGCUAGUAUGCAAACGCGUCUGUACAACUUUUCUCCAACUUCACCGACUGAUCCAUCUAUCGAUCCAGCCUUUGCCGCCUCGUUGAAAAGGGAGUGCAAGCGAGGGGACAACAACACUCUAAUCAGGAAUGACCCGACCAAACCAACUGACACUUGGGACCCCAAUUACUACUCGAACGUUCUCAGGAGCAAGUCCCUGUUUAUCUCCGACGACGCUAUGAAGAGAAGUCCAGAAGCUCGCAAGAUCGUUUUGACUCAGAACCAACCAGGCUCGCCUUUCAGCAAGGAAUUCGCACGAGCCGUAGAAAAGAUGGGACGAAUUGGUGUACUUACAGGCAGACAAGGUCAAAUCCGACAGAGAUGCAGCAGAGGAAAUUAGAUUCCAGGAGCUUGGAUCUUCUCAAUCCAACGCGAGGCUAUUUUAAGCUUCGCAUUUCUUCCAGUCGCAGUUCUGACGUUAUUUCUUUCAAUUUAUAAAAAAUUGCACAUCGAUUCAUCAUAUUAUGUUAGGAUAUUGAAUAAAAAACCACAAGCCGUCUAGAAUAAAAGGAUAAAUAUCGACAAGAAAAUUUCGUGUCAAACGUCAUCCAUGGAUUGGCAUGCUUUUCUGAUUUACUUUUCUGUUGAAGUCUUUUCAAUCAUUUCCACAAAGGACUUAGAAAACUAUAUUGAG